UCCGGCGAGCGUCGGUCGCUCUCCUUCCGUUGCAGGUCCCGAGCCGGUCCGAAGGGCGGCCCCGUAGAUGGCCAGCUUUCCCCUGAGUGUUAACGAGAAGCUCAUCGCACGAUCACGCACUGUAGGAGAACUCUUAGCCCCAACUUCUCCUUUUGACAAGAAGUGUGGACGUGAAAACUGGACUGUUGCAUUUGCUCCCGAUGGAUCUUACUUUGCUUGGUCACAAGGGCAUCGCAUAGUGAAGCUGGUCCCCUGGUCUCAGUGCCUUAAUAACUUCUUGUUGCAUGGCACAAAGAAUGUUGCAAAUUCUAUCAGUACAAGACUUCCGAGGCAGAAUAGUGACAGUGGUCAGAAAAAUAAGCCUUGUGAACAUAUAAUAGACUGUGGUGAUAUCGUCUGGAGUCUUGCUUUUGGGUCUUCAGUGCCUGAGAAGCAGAGCCGCUGUGUCAAUAUAGAAUGGCACCGUUUCAAAUUUGGGCAAGACCAGCUUCUACUUGCAACAGGCUUGAACAAUGGGCGCAUCAAGAUAUGGGAUGUAUAUACAGGAAAACUCCUCCUUAACCUGAUGGACCAUACAGAAGUUGUUAGAGAUCUAACCUUUGCCCCAGAUGGCAGCCUGAUUUUAGUGUCUGCGUCCAGAGACAAAACACUGAGAGUGUGGGACCUGAAAGAUGAUGGAAAUAUGAUGAAAGUGUUGAGAGGACAUCAGAACUGGGUAUAUGGUUGUGCAUUCUCUCCAGACUCUUCUAUUCUCUGUUCAGUUGGAGCUAGUAAAGCAGUUUUUCUCUGGGAUAUGGAUAAAUACUCCAUGAUACGGAAACUUGAAGGACAUCACAAUGAUGUUGUAGCUUGUGAGUUUUCUCCUGAUGGAGCUUUACUGGCUACUGCAUCUUAUGAUACUCGAGUCUAUGUCUGGGAUCCACAUAUUGGAGUUAUUCUUAUGGAAUUUGGGCAUCUGUUUCCCCCUCCUACUCCAAUAUUUGCUGGAGGUGCAAAUGACCGAUGGGUCAGAUCAGUAUCUUUCAGUCACGAUGGACUACAUAUUGCAAGCCUUGCUGAUGAUAAAAUGGUAAGAUUCUGGAGAAUUGAUGAAGAAUACCCUGUACAAGUUGCACCUCUGAACAAUGGGCUCUGCUGUACUUUUUCUACUGAUGGCAGUGUUCUAGCUGCAGGGACACAGGAUGGCAGCGUGUACUUCUGGGCAACUCCAAGACAAGUUUCUAGUCUCCAACAUCUAUGUCGCAUGGCAAUUCGAAGAGUGAUGCCCACCAGCCAAGUCAAGAACUUGCCUAUCCCAUCAAAAGUGGUGGAGUUCCUUUGUUACCAGAUUUGAAUUAA